AUGCCGGUUCAGGCGGCUCAGUGGACGGACUUCCUGUCCUGUCCCAUCUGCUACAACCAGUUCAACAGCAGCGGUCAGCAGCCCGUCAGCCUGGGCUGCUCGCACACAGUGUGCCGCACGUGCCUGCACAAAUUGCACCGCAAGGCCUGCCCAUUUGACCAGACGCCCAUCAGCACGGAUAUUGACUUACUGCCCGUUAACUGUGCCCUGCUGCAGCUAGUUGGAGCCCAGGUUCCAGAUGUUCAGCCUGUAAGCCUGGGCAGUGUGACAGAUGUUGGACACUAUGAGGCCUGCAAGGUGUGUGUGGAAGAACUGGCCCUCUUCUUAAAGCCGAUUAGCGGCACUAAAGGUGUGGCGCCGUCAAGUCCGAGUGCGCUGAGUCGACCCAUGCAGAGGAAGCUGGUGACGUUGGUCAACUGCCAGCUGGUGGAAGAAGAGGGUCGAGUACGGGCCGUGCGGGCGGGCCGGUCGCUGGGCGAGCGAACGGUCACUGAGCUUAUCCUGCAGCACCAGAAUCCCCAACAGCUGUCCGCAAACCUCUGGGCUGCAGUGAGGGCACGCGGGUGCCAAUUCUUGGGUCCUGCCAUGCAGGAGGACGCCUUGAAGCUGGUUCUCUUGGCACUGGAGGAUGGUUCGGCCCUGUCCAGGAAGGUGCUGGUGUUGUUUGUCGUGCAGAAGUUGGAGGGGCGCUUCCCUCAGGCCUCCAAAACCAGCAUAGGCCACGUAGUGCAGCUCCUCUACAGAGCCUCUUGCUUUAAGGUGACCAAGCGGGAUGAAGACUCCUCUCUGAUGCAGCUGAAGGAGGAGUUCCGCUCGUACGAGGCUCUCCGGAGAGAACACGACGCCCAGAUCGUGCACAUCGCCAUGGAAGCCGGACUCCGUAUCUCCCCCGAGCAGUGGUCCUCUUUGCUAUAUGGGGACCUGGUCCACAAGUCACACAUGCAGUCCAUCAUUGACAAGCUGCAGUCUCCAGAGUCGUUUGCCAAGAGUGUCCAGGAGCUGACCAUUGUCCUGCAGAGGACAGGAGACCCCGCCAACCUCACGAGCCUCAGAGCGGACCUCGAGCUACUGGCCAACAUAGAUCACAAUACAGAUGAUGCAGCACCAUCCUGGGAAGAGCUGGAAAAUGUGAUGAUGGCUGUGAAGUCGGUGGUCCACGGCCUUGUGGAAUUCGUCCAAAACUUUAGCAAGAAGAACAACGAGACCCCGCAGCCUCAAGUGAAUAGCAAGUAUAAGACCAGCAUGUGCAGAGAUCUUCGUCAACAGGGAGGUUGUCCGAGAGGAAGCAACUGCACAUUUGCUCAUACACAAGAUGAACUUGAAAAAUUUCGUCUGAGGAACAAAAAGAGUGGAAGUGCUAGCCGUGCUUUCCCCUCAUCCGGUGGUAAAACCUUCACUGUGGAGUGCAGUAACCACACUGAAGGAUGCGCAGUAGAUGAAGAGGACAACCUGACUGAAGGUGGCCCACACCCACAACUCACCUCCAGAGGGCCUGAAAGCAGCCAGUGCAUUAAGAGAAUUGUGUCCAGUGAAUCUAUGGUGGCAAAUGAUUCCAACGGGCUAGGUGGUGCCAGUGUAACCUUACUGGGCUCAACUGAGCAGAAGUACGUUUCUCCGCCCAGAACUCCCGUGAGCCACACCUCAGUGUCGUCUCCCUUGACUGCCAAGGGCCGGGUGACUGAUGAUGGCGUGGGCACAGUUUACAAACACGGUGGUGCCUUCAUGUUGCGAGCGCCUCAUCCUUCUCAGCCAUCGGAGCUGUUCUACCAGGAGCAACAAUCGGCGUACGAUUCGGCCCACUACCAGCCCAACUCAGGUUCCUACUACCCAUCUACUCUCCAUUCUCCACACAAAGGCUGCAUGGCUCGCUUCCUCAGAUCUUCUAACGUCCCAGAAUCUCCCUUGCCGCCGUCCUCCUUUUCCAGCGAACCUCAAAUAGCACAUCACCCGCCUUCGUCUUCUCCCACGGGAUAUCAUCCUCAUCCCCCCAGAGAGCGCAUGGUCUUCCACCACCACCACCACCACCCAGGGCAGCCACAGUAUGGACCGCUGGCCACUGCUCAUGGGGUUUACUCGCCUCUCUAUGACACCAGAAGAGUGUGGAGGCCUCAGCUGUACCAUCGAGAAGAUGCCAGGAGUAACUCGUUGCCCCCGGAGGUACUGCAUUCCUCAGUCUAUCAGCCGCCACUCAGGGAGAGAUUCAACUCACUAGACAGCAACUUCUGCUCUGGAUCCGAAUACCGUGUAGCACUGCAUAGGGAAUACGGCCGCGUUCCGCUGGUCUGCAACGACUUGUUUCGACGUAAGCAAGAGCAGUGGGCACAUCACGACCACCACCACCACCAUCAUCAUCACAGCACCAGCAGGCCCUCCCAAGCAUCUGCUAUCUUCAACAUUGAUUUCAGACCUGAGCAUGCGGAAAGCAGUGCAGGUCAGUGUGCGGGGUGCCACUUUCGAAGUGACGAGAGCUUGGCGCACUUCUCGCCGUGGUCCUGCGGCUCUACCGUUGGCCCUUGUCUCAGCCCCUUUGAGUCCGAGGGGCUCACGCAAGCGUCCGCUCACUCAGCCGUGGAGAAAUCCGAGUCUGAUGGAUGCAGUGGUGGCAGUGCUAGCAACAGCAGCAGCACAAAGCACUGGCUACACUCAUUAGAUCACUACAGGCGACUGAAAGAAGAGGACCCCAUCAUUCCCUUCAGCGAGGGGCCUAUAAUCUCCAAGUGGGGGGCCAUAUCCCGCGCGUCCCGCUCAGGUUACCACACCACCGAUCCUGUCCAAGCCACUGCUUGCCAGGGUGGUGCCAGCACAACUGCCAUCGACUUUAAAGAUUACAACAGCCACUUGGAUCGCAGUGAGUACAGGUGGAGCUCAAGAGGAUCAGACUCUUCCAGCCACUCCAGUUUCCUAGAGAGUGAGCAUCUUUGUCAACAUACAUCUAACGAGAAAAUGGCAAGUGAUCAACAAAGCCACCAGACAUCCUUCAGCCAGGAUCAAGAGAGUGAAGCAAGUUCGGAGCGAGACAUUGAGCUUGAACUGUGCGCUCUGGACAUGGAGGACUCGGACCCCCAGGACAUCAGGUCCAAGGAUUCUAUGGAGUUAGCCACCCCGUAUUCCGAAGAUUCUUCCCUCCUACUCCCACGGCCUUGCCCCUCUCCACUCCGGUCAUCCCCACUCGAAGAGCAAAAUCCUGCUGUGGAGCCUUCAACGGAUAAGAUGGAUGCUUAUCUACUAAAAAAGAUGGCCUUCAGAAAGUCGCUGUCUCCUGUAGGCUUGCCGUCAGGCGGUCUGGCCGUCGGUAAGUUGGUGCUGCGUACUGGAACACCCCGGCCCAGCGACGAAUCUUCUCCAAGGUCUUGUCCUAAAACGCACGGGGCAGAGAUGUUGCUUAGUGGAAGCUAA